AUGGAGAGCACGACUACAAAAUCGGCUAGGAGAAUACUCUUUGGCGAUGAGAGACCCUCCACGAAUCACGGUUCGCCCGGAGUUAGUCGAGCACCUAUUGACUCGAUGCCAAAUUGGAUCAAGAAACCUCUGUCGGUGGUCAGAGAAGAGAAACGGAGAGGAAAGAGGCCAGUCGGCGGUGAUGGCAGCGAUAGAGAGGAACAGAGAAGAAAGCCGGUCACCCAGUCUGAUGUAGCAACGGUAAGGAUGAUUCCGGCAGGGGCGACGAAGGAUGGCUUUGUCCAAGCGGGAUGGUUUCGAGAGUCCAUUGAAGAAGCACUGACAGUUAAUCAUGCCAACUUCUGGAAGUCCAUCAGAAAGAUGCGGAGUACGGCGACGGAGAAGCCACAGGCGGUGACGGUAAUGACGACUGUGGAUCCCUCUAUUAGGGAGUUGGUGCUGUUGCCGGCGGCUGAGCAAGGUCUCGAAGGGCACAAAGGAAAAGAUACUUGCCCCAAUGGCCCAAGGCAGAUUGAAGGGGCCAAAACAGGGAAAAAGGCUAGAAAUGUUCUUGGAGUGAGGAAGAAGAUCGGGCACAGCCCCUUUAGACACGUCCGCGUGCAACAACAUGCCUCCAUAGCGGUCAAGGUUUCACUUAGAGAUCAGACGACUCUUUGUGACCUUUCGCCGCCGUCAUCUUCGAGGACGGCUCCUCUGUCCGGGGAAAACUCGAAGGAAAUACAAGACCCGGUGGUUGGAGAGAAACCACUGGCAAUCGAUUAA